AUGAGUGAGCCGAAGAAGGUGAUGACGGCAGCGGUAGGGGCGGAGAAGGAGGAAGAGAAGGGGACAAGGAAAGGGUGGAGGAAAGAAGGGGCUUCAAAGAAGAAAAGAGACACGUUGCAGCUUGUGAACGGCAGUAGCCGCACCAGCAGCAGCAGGAGCAGCAGCGGCGUGCGAUCGAGACAGCAGAGCGAGCGCGGUCUGGACUUGGACCUCGCUGCCGACACCAAUGGCGCAUCCGUGAAGCGACAGCUGUCAGCACCAGACAUGGAGGGGUUUGUGUUGAAGAAGUGCAGGCGAAACGGCGACGAUCGCCCCUGGAAGCGGCGCUGGUUCAUGUUAUGCAGCGGCUCCAUCUUCUACCACCACACGCAGGCCAAGGCGGACCCCGUCCGCUUGUUUGUGGACGUUGCCGGGGCCAGCGUGGAGCCGUGCGAUGCGCCGUCCGGGUUUGGCAUUGCCAUUCGCCGGGCAGACCAACCCAGAUCACACUGCUUCGCUGUCAGGACCGAGAACGAGCGCAGAUCCUGGCUGGCUGCGCUGGCAAACGGCGUCGCACGCCCACCGCUGAGGUUGCCGGAGGACGACGACGACGAUCUGCGCCGCGCGCCAGGCGGCAUGUACAGGUUCAAGUCGGCGCUGGCCAGCGCAUUUGCCACGUCAUCGCUUGGCAAGCACCUGAUUCGGCGGUACCUCGACGACGCUGCGCGGGCGCUCAUCUCGCACGUGCUGGACUUCACUGAGGCCGAGGCCGGGCGAUCUGUGCGAGGCAAGAUGGAGACAUACAUCUUCGAUCUCGCGUCCCGCGUCGCCAUCAUCGUGCAUGAGAACGCGCUGCCCGCAAACCUCGACACGUCAACCCUGUUUGACGAAACCAUCACCUUCUGCCAGUUGUAUGUGCGCUUCAGCCGGGAUCGCCGUCUGGCCAAGCAGCGGCAGCUUGCCGUGGAGCUGUCUGCGCCGUCCGAACAAGACGCCACGCAGCGCCAGGCCGUCAUAUCUGAUGUGGACGCAAGCGAGCUGUUGCGGGCCAUCGCCUACGUCACCAGCGUGUGGCGAACCAUCCUCCAGCAUAACGUCUCCGAGAAGACGCUUGACCGGUUUGACUUUGUGGUGGAGCACCUGCUGCAGGAGGAUCGCAUCAGCGCCAUCUUCGACAAGACGGAGCAUCGCCAGCGCAUGUGCGGCAUCGAGCAGUCCCUCCGCGAACUCAUGGAGAUUUAUUGA